AUGACGGAGGACCAGUGGCCAUCAUACUCGGACAAGGAUGUAACACUUCAAGCCUCCGAACCUAAAGCAAGACUCAUGGUUCCAUUGCGUCAGCAUUUGUCCAUGAAGUCAGCUCAGGGCUUCUGCUUGGCCGCAUUUGUUUUGGUGUCCCUUCAGUCCCUGUCCCUUCCAAGCUUCGUGCCGGGAGGUACUCAGAGACAGGAAACCAGCGUGGCCAGGGCCUUAACAGGUCCCGCUAGCUUUGUGCCCGAUCUACAGAGGAGACAGCUGAUGAAUGUCGUGCUGGUGAGCACAGCUGCUAUUCCUCUCUUUGUGGCUCUGGGUGCCUACCUUUGGUACUUCGUGCCACCAGUGGCCACAGGAGUUGGAGGGGCACAGCUUUGUGGAGAUUUGGACGGCACGCCUAUCAAGUAUGCAUCCUGGGUGAAGAGUCACAAGUCAAAUGAUCGCGAACUCGUCCAAGGCUUGAAAGGUGAGCCAUACUACAUCAUCUCCACUGAGGAAGGGAUCAAAGACUUUGCUUUGUUGUCUGUGUGCACACACCUGGGCUGCGUGGUGCCAUGGGACAAAGCCAAGAACAAGUUCUGCUGUCCAUGCCAUGGAUCUCAGUAUGAUGAGAAUGGCAAGGUCGUUCGUGGGCCUGCUCCGUUGUCUUUGGCAUUGGCUCACACCACAACCUUGAACGGCAAUUUGGCAUUGUUCCCAUGGACUGAAAAGGACUUCCGAACAGAAACAGACCCAUGGUGGAACUGAACAAUAGUCAAGAUUUUGAUUUUGAGACUUGUGUUGCUGUGCAGCACUUUCCGGUGGCAGGGUAGACCCUGACUUCUCGCAGGGUAGAGGUACCAGCUACUGGGGCUUGCUCCUCUGGUACAGUGAAAUGCGCAAGCAUCUAGCUUGGACUAGAUUUGCUUGCUUGAGGCAGCAUGACCAGAUUCUGAGCGACGUCAAAUUGAAGGGAAAAA